CUAGGACACUCAGCGUACGAAGUUGUUGGCGAAUACCUUUGUUCAAUCUUCUCUCCAUAUGCAUGCGCAAAACGAUGCUUUCCUCUCCGGCCAAACGGCGUAAGACUAACAACGCCCCAGAUACCGACGCGUCGCAUACCAACCAGGUGCCCCCUGAUCGAAAUGUGGACAGCCAGUCGCAUCCCGAGAUACCAGCGCAUGAUACAGGACAGUCAGAUGGUCAGAGAGGGCAAGCUGAAGGGAGGGCAUUUGGCUUGCGUGACAGAAAGGCCCUCAGGCCUUCUUUGACAUCGACAGCAAGUCCGGCUAGGGGACCACGGCUCUCUGGCAGCAGCACCCUUUUGUCUCCGGCUAGGAGGUCGAGUAGUUUACAGGCAUUUGCCGUUCCUCCGCGGAGAGUCUCUCGAAAAAUUCUGCCAUCGGAUUUUACAUUCGGGUCACCGACACGACUGCAGAACACAUCGCAGCGUACGCGCAGAGAAAAUGCUCAAUUGGCUUCAGAGCUAGAGUCUAUAAUGACGGGGAUAGAGGAUGAUGGGGAAGACUUUACUCAUUCUACUUUAUAUGGGGGGGUCGAAGAACCCGAGCUGCCUCCUACACCCACUCAACUAGGGUUGGAACAGCCACCAGGGCGACCGACAGGGAACUUAAGCAACAGUCCAAGUGGACGAAAACGAGGAAAGCGACAGACUAUAGACCCUAUUCAGCCGAGUCCUUUGGUCUUUGAGGACUCUAUCGGUCUUACAGGUAAAGCAGAGGACUUGUCAAUGAAAGAGAUCACUGUAGGCCGAGAACUAGUGCCUGAAACAAUUUUGAAGAAGCGAAGGUUGAGGGCGGAACUCCUUUCAGAAUUGAACCAGCUACGAAAUGAUGUUGAGGGAUUGGAAAACUGGGUCGAUAAAUCCAAAAGCCCGAAUGAGCGCGAUGAAGCUUUUGAUACGGAGACUUUGCGCAAGCUUGUCUUACCAUUCCACGAAGCUCGAGCAGCUCGCACGGCCAAUUUACCUCUGUCUUCACUAAUAUCUUCACUGCUCCCCUUUUCUCCGAAGGUACCACUAAGGACGACGCAACACUCAUCAGCUUCUCUGGAAAACCCGUUUGCUCUCCAGGAUUCUACUCGAACAACGCCUUACCUUACGGUCUUUGCGCCCUUGGCUCUCACAGAGUCGAGCAAGGCGUCUGCAUCGAAGCCUGACAUCUUGACUGAGACUCACGAACUAACAUUAUCCGCACCACCUCCAUUCCCUCGACGUCUAUACAGCGUCACUGUUACAUACGAAUCAAACCCGGAAACACAGUCAGUCAUUUCCGUAUCCUUAUCACCAGAUAUUACACACAACGGCUCCCGUAUUCUAGAAGUUCUGCAGAAUUGGGCAGAAUCUAGAUUGGCGAAUCCCCUUCUGAAGCUCGAUAUAUCGGGUCUUUGCUGGGGUAUCAAUCGCUACUGGGAAGCAGUGAUAUAUCGUGCACAAAUAUGGUCAAAUAUAGAAAGUAAAUACUCGAAAUGGAUACCAGGCCGCGGGAGACUUGCCCUUUUUGAUGAAUCAAACAAGGAAAACAGUCGACCAAGCAGUCAGAAAGGAAGCUCUUCGGGUCCCACCACAAUAACCCGUCCGCAAUUCUUGAUUUCCCACAUCGAGCGCACUAGUGCGCUCUUCGCAUCGAACGAAAAAUUGCCCAAGGUACUCCUUUCUUGCCUAAUAUCCCUCGAUGAGUGGACUGGAGAACCCCAGCUGCGACCGGAGAUCAGUAUCUCGUCACCGAGUCCCGACAAAGUGUCAGGAAGAAAGAUUGAACAGGAGACUAAAAAGCUGUUUCGUGCGUUGUUAAAUGAUAAGGGGGCGCCUGGGACAGAUGGCGCGGUAGGGGAUUCCAACCCUGACGCAAUUGCUCGAGCAAUAGGAGGAGUUCUGGGUGUUCUCUUUGGCGCUGAUAGUAACACUGCGAGACCAGCCUCCAAGCGAAAGGCUUUGGGGAAAGAAUAAUGCAAGGCUUUAAAAGGCCGUAUUAAUGAGUUAUCGUGGUGCUUAUGUAUUUUUUCGUUACGGGAAGAUCAUGGGGGUUGUGCUUGGAAGCCAGCAUCGAAGUGAAUAUGUAUAUAUUAUUUAGUCGCCUCUGCGCACAUACUAUAGAUCAGUCAUUACAGCGUACACACUGAUGGUACUAACUACCAUGCU